GCAAACUACGCGAUUUAUGGAAGUAGAAGUAGCAAUAAGGCUGCUGUAUAUGUUGGCUGAGGCUCUUCCUGUAUCUCAUGGUGCUCACUUCUCUGGUGAUGUUACAAAAGCUACAGCUUUACAAGACAUGAUGAGAACACUGGUGACUUCUGGUGUUAGUGCCUAUCAGCAUACAUCGGUGACUCUGGAAUUCUUUGAAACAGUGGUUAGAUACGAAAAAUUCUUUGCUGUUGAACCUCAGCAUGUUCCAGCUGUUCUAAUGGCAUUUUUAGAUCACCGUGGUCUUCGCCAUACAAGUCCCAAAGUACGAAGUCGAACAGCUUACCUCUUUUCCAGAUUUGUCAAGUCUCUUAAUAAGCAAAUGAAUCCCUUUAUUGAAGAUGUUCUGAAUAGAAUACAAGACCUGCUGGAACUUUCUCCUCCUGAAAAUGGUUACCAGGCUCUCUUAAGCAGUGAUGAUCAACUUUUCAUUUAUGAAACAGCUGGAGUAUUAAUAGUUAACAGCGAAUACUCUGCAGAAAGAAAACAGGCUCUAAUGAGGAAUUUGUUGACUCCACUGAUGGAGAAGUUCAAAGUAUUGUUAGAAAAACUGAUGAUGGCACAAGAUGAGGAAAGACAGAUGGCACUGGCUGACUGCCUCAAUCAUGCCGUUGGGUUUGCUAGCCGAACCAGCAAGGCUUUCAGCAAUAAGCAAACUGUAAAACAAUGUGGCUGCUCAGAGGUUUAUCUGGACUGCUUACAAACAUUUUUGCCAGCUCUCAGUUGUCCACUACAAAAGGAAGUUCUAAGAAGUGGUGUCCGCACUUUCCUUCACCGCAUGAUUAUUUGCCUGGAGGAAGAAGUUCUUCCUUUCAUUCCUUCUGCCUCUGAACACAUGCUUAAAGAUUGUGAAGCAAAAGAUCUUCAAGAAUUCAUUCCUCUUAUAAACCAAAUAACAGCUAAGUUUAAGACACAGGUUUCACCUUUUCUGCAACAGAUGUUUAUGCCACUGCUUCAUGCUAUUUUUGAGGUGUUGCUCCUUCCAGCAGAAGAAAAUGACCAGUCUGCUGCUUUAGAAAAACAAAUGUUACGGAGGAGUUACUUUGCUUUUCUGCAGACAGUAACUGGCAGUGGAAUGAGUGAAGUCAUAGCUAAUCAAGGUGCAGAGAAUGUGGAGCGUGUGCUGUUCACUGUCAUUCAAGGAGCUGUGGAUUACCCAGAUCCUAUUGCACAGAAGACUUGUUUUAUUAUUCUUUCUAAGUUGGUAGAGCUUUGGGGAGGUAAAGAUGGACCAGUAGGUUUUGCAGACUUUGUCUACAAGCACAUUGUUCCUGCAUGUUUCUUAGCACCUUUGAAGCAAACAUUUGACUUGGCAGAUGCCCAGACAGUAUUGGCUUUAUCAGAAUGUGCAGUGACGUUAAAAACAAUUCAUCUCAAAAGGGGUCCUGAGUGCGUUCAGUAUCUUCAGCAAGAGUAUUUGCCUUCUUUGCAAGUAGCUCCUGAGAUAAUCCAGGAAUUCUGUCAAGCACUUCAGCAGCCUGAUGCUAAAGUUUUUAAAAAUUACUUAAAGGUAUUCUUCCAGAGAGCGAAGCCCUGAGGAAAGUACUGGAAUCUCAUCUACCUGUUUCCAUAAUCCAGAACUCUGGUUGUUAAUUUAUAAAAACGCUAACUCUUGUGCCAUUCAAACUGGUUUUGUUUUUUAAGAAAUGUUGCUUUGUGCUCACAUCAGUACAUAUUUUAGCCUUUUGCAAUAAAGAGAAAUGCAAAUCCCCCACCUUGUGUCUCAAACAUGAAGGUAUAACAACAUGAAAAAUUAUCUAUAUACCUACACAAACUUUUAUUAUGUAUAGGAUGAUUUAAGCUUAUGCUGUAACAUGUACAGCAAUGAAAUCACACUUAUUUUUGAAAAUAAAUGUAAAAAUCCCUUCAGACCAGAGCAAUGAUUAUUAAAAUGUGUACAUUUUUGAUACUGAGUAAAAUGUUUUCAUAAGACAUAAAAUUCAUUUGUUCAUGUAUGGUGACAUGAAAAUAAAACAAUCAAAGUCAUUCUUGUAGAUAGUCAUUUCAUUGAAAUUGUCUUAAUGAUAAAAUAUAUAUAUACCUCCUAUAAAACAGAUUGGUUUAAUAAACGAUUUCAUUUAAAAGUAGCAUGUGGUUCUAUCUUUUUU